CAGUUGUGUAUGUAGUAGCAGCUAACAGUUGUGUAUGUAGUAGCAGCUAACAGUUGUGUAUGUAGUAGCAGCUAACAGUUGUGUAUGUAGUAGCAGCUAACAGUUGUGUAUGUAGUAGCAGCUAACAGUUGUGUAUGUAGUAGCAGCUAACAGUUCUGUAUGUAGUAGCAGCUAACAGUUGUGUAUGUAGUAGCAGCUAACAGUUCUGUAUGUAGUAGCAGCUAACAGUUCUGUAUGUAGUAGCAGCUAACAGUUGUGUUUGUAGUAUGUAGACCAUAAGGACGGCAUGUGCUCUCUAAACCGUUCAGCUGGCCAUACUGUUUUGUGAAUGUCAUUGUUUUCGACAGUGUGUUUUCCAGGCCAGUGAUGUUUGUCUUUAGGGUUUGUACUGUAGCAGACCUUUGUUGUUUGCGUAUAGCGGAGGACUUUACUCAUACUCACUCUGAACACUCAGACCAUGUAGUACUGUACACAAACGGUUUGGUCAGCCUUGAGGGAGUGUACCUUUUGGCUGGACAGCUUCUUUUGACAAACAACACAUUUGAGACUGGAAUUAUCAUACUCUUUAGAUACUGAGUAACAACCUUAAUCAACGUUACAAUUUAAAAUAAAUCGAAUGCAACUUGUCCGAACUGCCCAGCAUGCGACAUGGCGAGGGGAAUAAUGUUACAUGGAGAUACAUUGUGGUUAGUCAGUUGAAACAUGGAUGAGCAUGCUUUAGUUUGGAAAAACAGGUCAGUCAGUGUUGACUAUGGAACACUGUCAGCUUCAACCAGGUAGGGGUGGAUUAGUUCACACAGGUGGAAUCUGUCAGAAAGUCCAGUAAAAGUGUUGAUAAGAAGUGGAGGAUGGCUUAAUUCCACUGGGACGUUGUAGUCCUACAUAACAUGUGACUGUAUCAUACAGUACACGGAAGAUCCUUCAUUUUCCAAUCUGUAGUUUUCUUGAUGUUGAUGAAUGGUGUACUGGCAACCUGCCCAGACUGAUGCAGACCUACCGAGCGAGCGAGCAUGAUGCAGACCGACUCCUAACAUAUAGGUUGCUGUCUAAGAAGCUUUUUGUGUCAGACAAUAUACUGUACCUCUUGGCAAUACAGUAAAUCUCAGACAUACAGUAGAAUGUCAUGUUCUUGUUGUUAUUGUCAUGGAACAUCGUCUUAACUGGUGUCAUCAUCAAUGGGAGAAAGGUAUGGCUUGGACUUACUCUCUCUGUGAGAUGGGGCCCUUUACUGAUGAGUACCACCAUGAGUACCACCAUGAGUACCACGCUGGUGAUUUUACGUAUGUGUUGCUCUCUGGGAUGUAAACACCUUUUUUAAAGGAAUAUUACAGUAAAAGAGGAGUCUCACUUCUGAGGGGGAAAAAACUAUUAGUCGAGUGUGUGUUUCAACAGGACCAGACCACAGAUUUAUUUGAAAUGAUUGAGAAGAUGCAGGGCAACAGAAUGGAGGAGCAGCGAUGCACCUUUCCUCCCCCACUCAAAACUGAGGACGACUACAUUCCUUACCCCAGUGUCCAUGAGGUGUUAGAGAGAAAGAGCGGGUUCCCCCUGAUUCUGCUACCUCAGUUUGGGGGUUACUGGAUCGAGGGGAACAACCAUGAGCUGAGUGAUAGUACUGACCCAGACCAGAUCCAGCCUCUGUCCCCCACCACACGCAACAAGCUGGAGAGUAACUCCACCGCCAAGAUCUACAGGAAGCACUUUCUGGGCAAGGAGCACUUUAAUUACUACUCAGUGGACGGAGCUCUGGGACAUCUGGUGUUCUCCCUGAAGUAUGACGAGAUCGGAGACCAGGAACACCUUCGCCUCAUGCUCAGGACCAAGCUGAAGACCUAUCAUGAUGUGAUCCCCAUAUCCUGUCUCACAGAGUUCCCUAACGUGGUGCAGAUGGCCAAGCUUGUCUGUGAAGAAGUGAAUGUGGAUCGCUUUUUUCCAGCCCUUUACCCAAAAGCUUCAAGACUCGUCGUCACUUUUGAUGAACAUGUCAUUAGCAACAACUUCAAGUUUGGAGUCAUCUACCAGAAGUUUGGACAGACAUCAGAAGUAGAGUUGUUUGGAAACAGUGCCGAAAGUCCUGCCUUUGUUGAAUUCCUAGAGUUUCUGGGGGAGAAGGUCGAGCUGCAUGACUUUAAAGGGUUUCGUGGUGGGUUGGACGUGACCCACGGCCAGACAGGCUCUGAGUCUGUCUACCACAACUACCGCAACAAGGAGAUCAUGUUUCAUGUGUCCACCAAGCUGCCUUAUACCGAGGGGGACACACAGCAGUUGCAGAGGAAGAGGCACAUAGGGAACGACAUUGUGGCCAUAGUGUUCCAGGAGGAGAGUACACCCUUCGUACCAGAUAUGAUCGCCUCCAACUUCCUCCAUGCCUACGUAGUGGUGCAGGUGGAGAACGCCUGUACUGACAACGUACUGUACAAGGUGUCAGUGACAGCGCGAGACGACGUACCUUUCUUUGGACCUCCCCUGCCAGACCCGGCUGUCUUUAGAAAAGGUCCAGAAUUCCAGGAGUUCCUCUUCACUAAGCUCAUCAAUGCUGAGUAUGCCUGCUGCAAAGCUGAGAAAUUUGCCAAACUGGAGGAGCGGACGCGGUCCGCCUUGCUGGAGACGCUGUAUGAGGAGUUACACAUCAACAGCCAGGCCAUGAUGGGUCUGGGAGGAGAUGAGGAUAAACUGGAGAACGGGUCCGGAGGAGGGGGCUUCUUUGAGUCCUUUAAGCGGGUGAUUCGCAGCAGAAGCCAGUCUAUGGAUGCCAUGGGUCUCAAUUUCAAGAAGCCACUCACUGUCUCCACUAGUCUCAGCGUCAACUUUACCCACAACCCACCUGAGAGUCCCAAAUUCCCAGGGAUAUCAUUGCUUGUCCCAGGGAAAAGUCCCAGUAAAUAUGGCCGUCGAGGCAGUGCCAUAGGGAUAGGAACAGUAGAAGAGUCUCUGAUCAUCCCUGGGAAGAGUCCAACCAGGAAGAAGUCUGGUCCCUUCAGCUCCAGGCGCAGCAGUGCCAUCGGCAUCGAGAACAUCCAGGAAGUCCACGAGAAAAUCAGCAGGGAGUGUUUACCUGGCACACAGAAGACACCUGACAGUGGUCACGCGACUCAGGACCCCAAGUCUGAGAACUCCUCCAAUCAGAGCUCACCAGAGGUGCUCACCACAAAGAACAUGUUUGCUCUUUGUAACAACAGGGCCCAGUCUAUCCCUGAGGGUCACGACCUUUCCCGCUCCUCCUCCAACGCCAGCAGCUUCGCCAGUGUGGUGGAGGAGAAUGAGACAGAGGCCAUGGAGGACUACGACACUGGCAUGGAGAGCCUGUCUUCAGCGGGGACGCCCCACAAGCGGGAUUCGUUAACCUACAGCACAUGGCUGGAGGACAGUAUGAGCACCACAAGCACCACCAGCCGAGGCUGCUCGCCAGGUCCUGGUAAACCUGAUGGGGGUAAAGGGUCAGAUAUCCGUAUCAAACUGGACCGGCCACAGGAUCACCAGUCCUCAUCGCAUUCCCAUAAGACACAAUCCUUCUGGGAGAUGAGAGGAGCGCAGGCUUUCGCCGUAACCAAUGAUGACGAUGAGGAGGUGGACCCUGGCCAGCCUGCUGGUCAGUGAGGCCAGACCACCCCUUCCCAGAAGCCCCGGCGGUGGCGUGGCGGCGGCUGGCAUGCCAGGGGAGGAAGUCCUUUUCCUCGGUGUUGGUUAUUUCUGCUCCCUCCCUCACCUGUCUGUCUGUACACACAUCUUCUGCCUGGCUUUGUGUUUCAGAAGCACUCUUUUUGUUACCCAUUAAGUAAAUAGGUUUAUUUGUCCCAGUGAACAAAUGGUAUCUGCGGUUCAGUUUUAAUGAGGCCUACUGUAUAUAGCCAUGCAGAUCACACAGUGUGGCCACAGUGCCAUUGAAUUCUGCCAGAGACUUUGUUAGGGGCAUGUUGGUGUUGUCAUAUGGAUUGUACAUUAUAGUGACAAUUUGAUUGAACCCAUUCAAUCUCAAAUACCAAAUAUCCAACAACAAAGAUGUGUGCAUUUGAAUUAAAUGUCCAUUAUUGGUUAUGUCGAAUACAGUUUAAUGUGUAAGUGAUUUUUUCAGGUAAAGUGAUUGUAAUGUGUCUAUUAGCCAUAGCUGCAACUUACUGUAUAGAACUGUACAGCCAAAAACAGUUGCUCUGACAGAGUGAAUAUUUUCUUCUCAAUAUACAAUAACUGGGAUAUUGUCAUCACAAUAUACAAUGCACUUCAAGCCUCACCUGCUCAUACUGCAAAUUAAAAUGAAGAUGGUCAUCUAACAAGAAAUAAUGGAAAUGUAGCCGUGAACCUUUAAAAUACAGUUUUUCUAUAGCUUCAUGACUAAUUUAUACCCUUAUCAACAUGGUCAGAAGCAGACCGUAAUUGGACAGUGCAUGGUUUCAGAGGAUAUGUUAUAUGAUCACACUGUUUUUGCACACAGGAUGCUCAUUGCUAACUGCUACUGAUUUAUUGUUAUUGGGAACCACCUCGUUUUGUGUAAUUGUAACCUAAACAGGCGAUUUUAGCUUUGCACUUUCUGUCCACAGAAAUAGUUGUCUAUUUUGUUGUGUAUCAAGCAGGUUACUGAGGUCAGGUAUGUAGAGAUGUGUUGAUGACUACAGGGUUAAUUCAUAACUGAAUUGAAUAACGUAAUGUCGUAGUCCAUCCAAUCAGCUAGUUUGCCGGUCUAAUCUACAUUACAAAUCCUGCAGCCUAAGUGUUGCCAUCGGUACCCGCGGAAAAAUAUGUAUUUAUUUAUUUAUUUGGGGAUGGGGGAUUACUGUCAUUAUACAGUAUAUUUGCUGUUGAUAUAUUUCUAGUAUAUUAUGGGAGAGAUGUACAGAGAUAAAUAUUACAGUUUGUGCAUGUUAUACAGUAUAAUCCUACCCUCCACGCCAAAACUAAUGUAACCUGGUAAUGACAUUUAUUUUUGUGAAAAUCAUGAUGGGGGUUCUACAGUUCUACAUUCUACAUUUACAUACAACUCUGUUUCUUCUGUUGAGCACUGCCAAAUGAACACAGUGUGUGGCAUGUACAAUUUGAAAAGUAUGUUUUAAAAUAAACUAAAACUAUAUCCCACACUGUCUGCUCAAUAAAAGGGAACGACUCAUUGCCAUGACAGAGCUGACAAAUGUGUGAGGAAAGGUAUCUGAGCUAAAGAGUUUGAAUGUAGAACAGAUAUUGAACAGAUACUGUAUAUGUCUAACUAAAAUUGCCCUGAUAGCUUUUAUAUUCAACUGCCUUUUGGAUAUGAUUUUAUUCUUAGAUCUUUAGUUUGUGAAUAAUGUUACUGUACACAUUCACUUCUUGCCCUAGAUCCCUGUUUAAAGAUGACUUGAAGAAAGAUGCCAUUCCUCCUUUUGGUAUUUUGGUUCAUCCUGGCAACAACACGGCUCCACACGCCAUCAUAACCUUUGUGACAGUUAAACAAUGAAAGUGUGUUGCCUACUGUUUACCUCUGUAUCAUUUUCCUGAACUGAAUGAAACCGUUGAAGGAAUGCCCUAUAAAUAAGUGAUUUGAUGUGGCUAACCACCACCAGUCUCUAAAAGUAGAACGCUGUAAAAGUUGAGGCUUCUCUCCUCAUCUCCUCUUACAUAACUGUGCCACAUGUACCAGAUCAGCAUAAAAUAUGAUUGAGUCAGUAACUCAUCAUCAUCAAGAAAUGGUAUCAAUGCGUGAAAAGGACUGAGACAGAUGCAGUUUUUUUUACAAAUAUAAAUUAUAUACUGGUACUACUCUCAACUUUUAACCUUAUCUAUGUCUUUAUGUUAGACUAUACUCUUCGGGUCUUCACAUUAGUCCAGUGUAGACAGAAAAACCUACAUUUUCAAUAACUCAACAGAGUGAUGGUGCCCUCUAGUGGUGUUACUUAUAUUGUUUUUUAAAUUGUUUUAUGUGAGCUGCUGUGCUUUAUGGGAUAGUCACAUUGGAGAUGGGGAUCUAGUAAAGCACAAUGCCGCACUGUCACAUCAAGUUACUGGAAUUGAAAUGAUAAAUCAUUUAGAAAAUGUAUGAACACUGCUUCAGUGUGAUCUAUUCAACAGAUUGUAUUGGUGUUCUGUUUUAUUAGUGCAUUCCUGUAAGAAAUGAACUUGUAAAUAUGUUUUCCUUCAUUUGUAAAUAUAGCCUAAAUAUGAAAUAAAGAGCCUGGAUUCAUU